UAUCCCAGGAUGCAUUUGGACCUACUCCCGGGCCACCCUAGGGCGGUCCUGAGCGAGGUACCCCAACCGCAGGGGCAGAGGCAGAGGCAGAGUCGUCCGGAAUCAAAGUGGAGGCUCAGGGUUCAGGAUCAGGCUAGUGGCAUCCCCCGCAGGCUUCGCUCGCCAUGGGGGAGGUGGAGAUCUCGGCGCGGGCCUACGGGAAGAUGUGCCUGCACGCCGCCCGGUACCCGCACGCUGCGGUCAACGGCUUGUUGCUGGCCCCCGCGCCGCGCUCGGGGGAAUGCCUGUACCUCACCGACUGUGUGCCCCUCUUCCACAACCACCUGGCCUUGUCCGUCAUGCUGGAGGUCGCGCUCCACCAGGUGGAUGUGUGGGGCGCACGGGCCGGUCUGGUGGUAGCUGGGUACUAUCAUGCCAAUGCAGCUUUGGACGACCAGAGCCCUGGACCUCUGGCCUUGAAAAUUGCUGGGCGAAUUUCGGAAUUCUUCCCUGAUGCAGUACUUAUUAUGUUGGAUAAUAAGAAACUGGUGCCUCAGCCUCGUGUGCCUCCAGUCAUCGUUCUGGAAAACCAAGGUCUCCAUUGGGUGCCUAAGGACAAGAACUUAGUAAUGUGGAGAGACUGGGAAGAGUCUCGGCAGAUGGUGGGAGUACUGUUGGAGGGCAGGGCCCAUCAGCACCUUGUGGACUUUGACUGCCACCUUGAUGACAUCCGGCAGGAUUGGACCAACCAGCAGCUCAAUACUCAAAUCACCCACUGGGUUGGUCCCACCAAUGGAAAUGCCUGAGACAGGAGCAGGAGGGUCAAAUCCAAUAAAGAGAUGGGCUGGUGGGCAA